ACUACCUCGCAGAAAAUGGGCGGAUGUUUAUCUGCUAGUUUGGACUUGUUGGGAACCAACAAUUACAAAGCAACCCAUUAGAAUACAGUUCGUAUCUUUACUGUAAAUCAUGUCAGGGCUUGUCUUGACACAACCUGACCAAUCAAGACGAGAAUGUAAGGCAUAUAUAUAACAGCUGCAGUCUGGGUUGGUGAUCAUACGCCAGGUCUGCACACUUGCUGAAACAAGAAGUUCUACCAUGGAUUCAGAAAACCCAACUGAAAACACCAGCGGUGAAAAUGCUGAGAAUGAGAAGAGGAAAGGGUACUUAGGUUGGGAGGAAUACUUCAUGGCCGUCGCUGAUCUCUCUUCAAAGAGAAGCAAAGACCCCAAUACACAGGUCGGAGCUUGUAUUGUGAACAAAGAUAAGAGGAUCGUCGGUACUGGUUACAACGGAAUGCCCAAUAACUGCGGUAAUGAAGAACUACCGUGGGGCAAGGAAGAAGGUUGGGACAAGAAUAAGAAACUUUAUGUCUGCCACGCUGAGCUGAACGCCAUAAUGAACAAGUAUUCUGCUGACUUGAAAGGCUGCAAGAUCUUCGUGACUCUGUUCCCAUGUAACCACUGCACCCAGAUGAUCAUUCAGUCUGGAAUCCAUAAGGUUGUCUACUUGUCAGAUGUGAAAAAGGACAAGGACGACGUGAAAGCAUCAAAGAGACUUCUGCGCAUGGCUGGUGUCAAACACAGACCAUAUCGAGGAAGCAAGGCCCUAAUCCAGAUAGAGUUUCCUCCAGAUCCCACUGAUGAUGUGGACCCAGAUGAGGAACACCAUGAUGAUAGUGAUGAGUGAAGUGUUGCGAGGUGAAUUUAUAUGUAAACCGCUUUCCCAGCCAUAGAUAAACUGGCCACUCACUGAUCACAUUCUUCAAGUUUAUAAACGUUGAUGUUACUGAUUGUAACCAGACACAAACAAAACACCUCUUGCUUCGUCGUGCACAUAUUUUACUGAUUUCAAGCAUCCAUCCUCCCCGAGAAGGUGGUUAUCCUCGCAAUAUAAUGUUGAAACAAAGAGGCCCACUUUAGGUGAUCUCUUUUGAUAAUGCCACUUUUAUGUUACCGGGAGAUUUUUCCAAUUUAUUCAUGGUAGUAUUUGGGUGGAGAUUGUUUUACUUAUAUGCUUUUACUUAUACUUUUACUUAUAAUUUUACUUAUACUUUUACUUAUACUUAUACUAUCUCAGCGAAAACCAGCUGCCCUAUAACUCUCGAGCGUGAUGAUUUUGGUCCAAACCCUCCACUAUGAAUCAGUUAAGAAUGACACAAAAGAAAAUAUGGAACUUCAUAAUAAUUAU